AUGGCCUCCCGGCACGCCCCCUCCGACACAUUCACGCGCUUCACCUCGACACAACCACACGCCAUGACCCGACCAACAGCAAGCACGACGUCGUUCAACGCCUCGCGACUGACGACCGACCCACGCCCACCCCCAUCCAGCACCGCCGGCCCCGCAGGCGAAACGCCCUCAGAGAAAGUCGCCCGACUACGCGCAGCGAACCGCCUGGCCAAAGAACGGGGCAACGCCUCUGGGGUGGACAGACUCCUGCACCACGGCCGACGGUGGGCGGAUAACAUGCACCGAUUCACGACGUACGCACUCAUCGCAUUCACGGGUGUGUCGACCGUGGUGGCGGUGUACGGGGUGACGAGUCUGGUCGCACACAACCGGCGGCAGAAGCGGGCAUGGAUCGAGCGCGAGAUGAAUCGGCUGGGCGAGGCGCAGGCGGCGUUCCUGCGGGGCGAGGCGACGGCGGAACAACUGCAUCUGCUCGAGCAGGAGCGCGCCGGCGAGGAGAUGGCGCUGCAGCACAAGCGGGCCGUCGAGGCCAAGAAGGCCGAGAGUUACUGGAGCCGCAUGAAGGGCAUUCUGGGCCAGACCGCCGCCAAGGGCGAGAUGGGCACCGAGACCGAGUCGCAGCGCGUUGCGCGAGAGGCCAGGCUGCAGGCCAAGGCCCGGCAGAGCGCCGUCGCCGACGGGAGUUAUGUCGAGGGCGAGGUCGUGCCGGUGUCGGCGGCGGUGGCGAGGCCCGUAGCGUCGAGUGGGAUCAAAGGCGUGGGUGUCGAUUCCAAGGGCCGGCCGGUGCCGCAGGACCGCGUCGAGUAUCUGUCGAGUCAGGUCGAGCAGGAGACGAGGUCGGGCGAGAAGGAGGUUGUCGCGCGGACGGGUGUCACCGGUGGUCAGUUGGAUGUCUUGGCGGGGAAUGUCGUCGAGGCCGCCAAAGGGGGUGAGAAGGGUUGGUGGAGUUGGGCGACCGGUCGGUAG